AUGUUUUCCUGGAUACAUCUCUCCGUCAUAGGGUUGGCUUUUGUCACCCCAGCCAUUGCUGCUGACGAGUGUCAACCAUCAACAUGGCAAGCUAGGCUGAUGGAAACCGGCGGCAUCAACUGUCGGUUUAGCACUAAAACCGGAUCCAAAGUCAGCUCCGACACCUGUGACACGAUAGCCAAGAAAUAUGAAAUCACCUUGGAUACCUUUUACGAGUUGAACCCAAGACUCAAGAGCGACUGCAAGAACGUCUUGCCUGAUAUCAGAUAUUGUGUGGAAGGAUUCCCAGAACCUAUUCGCGCUUAUAAUGGCCUUUGCGGACCUCCUCACUCAAAUGCGACAUGCGUUGGUACAGACAAGCAGUGCUGUAACAAGAACACUUGGACGUGUGGUGAUACAAAGAAGGAGGAUGAUAUGAACUUUAACUUUCAUUUUUGUGCAAAGGGCAAUACGAAUAACCAGUGUUGA